GGUGGUGUGACAGGUGCAUCAGCACUCGUUUCAUCGAUCUGCAAUACGCCAUUGGCUGGGCCAUGAGUCUGGCUGAUCUGAACGCAGGACAUGGAGUGACUGCUAGGGUUCAGGGUGUCAUCCCAGCCAAUCGCAGCUCGCAGCCGAUGAUCUGCGUGGCAAACCUGGAACAGCUGGAUCCAUUCAUACCAUCCAAGGUAUGGAGGAGGUGGUCUCGGACUGGCAUCCGCCAGACAACGGCCUAGUCUUCUACCUUCCAUGUCUUUCACUUUAAGACCGAGGGCGCCCGCGUCGCCAUUUUUCAAGCCAACCGUUGCAGAAGUCCGACCAUUUAAAAAGCAUGGCACCUGCCCUCGUGCGACUGCUCGGUUUACUCUACAUCGUGUCCACUAAAUAGGCGCCCUCGAUCGUGUAUCGCCUUUGUCUAAUCCUCUGCGCGAAAUGCACCCUUCUGUUCACACUCCUUUACACGAAGUGCUCGAAAGAUGUCCGCCCAAAUAACCCACCCGCCCAGUGCGAAUCUCGCCUUCCCUGACCCUGCGACCAGCGCCUUCGCUCUACCGAAUGUCCCGCUUACACCGGGGUUCUUCUCGCUCCCUUCCCUCGCAAAUACAGUCGACUGGCCGCUAUCUGACACUCUCCCUACGCCGCCUCCAAUCCCUUCUUGGGCCAUCAAACCCGACCCAGACGGACUCAAUCCUCCAAGCCAGCAGCAAAAGUCGCUAUGCAUCGACCCGUCCCUCCAACCGUCCUCCAAACCAUCACCCUCUACAACCGCAAGCACAAAACCCCCACGAAGUGCAUCAUCAUCGACACCCACCUCCUCAUCAGCCUCAUCACAAACACCACCAUCCCAAUCGAAAUCCCAAAUUUCGAAAGACCGCCUCAAACGCGAAAACUUCCUCGCCCGCAACCGCAUGGCCGCCAGCAAAUGCCGGCAGAAGAAGAAGAAGCACAACAAAGCGCUCGAGAACGAGUACGAGCGGGUCGCGCGAGAGAAGAAGCUCCUACAGACCGAGGCGGACUAUCUGCGCGCGCAGGUCCUGCAGCUGAAAGACGAGCUGCUGCGGCAUUCGCAGUGCGAGGAUGCGUCGAUCAAGGGGCAUUUGAAUAAGAUGGUGACUCAGGUGGCGAUGACGAGGAAGAGUGAUACGUUUAUUGAUAUUAAUAGUUUGCUGACGACGAGCGAGGAGGAGGGGAGUGUGGAUGCGGAUAGUCCGUUGUUGCAGGAGGUGAUGGAGCCGGAGAGGAGGGAUUUAUAUCGGAUGGGAGAGGGGGAGGUGGAUGCUGCUGGACCAGGGGUUGGAGUGCGGACAGGGGAUAAUUUUGAUGAUUUUGUUGAUUUCGGUUGAUUACCCCUUUCUCGGAUUUUCUGGCUGAUGUUGGAGUUGGUCUGGUGUGCUUUUUGAUAUCAAGGGUCGGCGUUUGUCUAUUCUGUUCUAUUAACGAAUGUAUACGAUGUUAAUGUGCGUUUUGGCUGUGGUCUACAAUUAUAGGCGCUUAUUUAAUCAUCUUCUGGUUUUGUUGGACUUUCUCGACUUCGUGUUUGUUUAUCCUCUCUCACUCGCUCAAGAUGCCUUUUCAUCAGUAGGUACUCUGUAUGGUGUGCCUAGGUUCGAUAUAAUAUACA